GAUCCGACGAUAGCGGCCGUGGCGGCUGCCGUCAUCCAGGAGGAGGAAGAGCGGGAGCUGCAGGAGGCCAUCGAGGCAACCGCCUUUUCGCUGCUACAGGAGGAACUACACGUGAACUAUCCGGGCCUGAAGCGGGACCGGUUGCUAUCCCUGGGAAACGUUAGUGCCCCGCCGCUACUGAAUCGGAACUCACGCUUCUCGUCCAUCAGCGGUGGCUACAGCAGCCUGUUGAACCCACCCCGACGAUAUUCCUAUGCCAGCAGUCGGGGGCACCGGAACAGCGUUUCGGUGUCCUCGAGGAUUCUCAGUGCCUACAACAUGGGGGAAAGCUUCGGGCAGGAUGACUAUUUUUUAGAGAGCGACGGCGAGGAAGCUGACGACGAGUUCGAUCAGUUCACGACGACGGCGGACGUUGGCUAUCCGCCCGGGAACUUCCUGUCGGUGCCGGGCAGGGGUAUCGAAUCACGGCGCAGCAGUGCGAUGACCUGCUGCAGUACCGAGAGCUCAUUUCUGGAGCGACGAUGCUCGGCCAUUACGCUGGGGUUGUCCUCCUUGCCACCGAUUUCGCGAUCACCCUCGCGGCAGCAGUGUCGUGGUGAGGAUCGUCGGGGCAGCCACGUGACCGUUAAUGGUGGUGCGGUGGGUGCCACUUGUGCCGACUGGGACGCAUUCUAUCCCGGGAUCAACAUCAUCGAAGCCACUCCGAAAUCUUCGCCUUGCCCCAGUGAACGCAUUACGCACAAAUCCGGGGGUCUGUCGACCCGCGAACGUUAUUCUGUCAGUAGGAAGUAUCAGCUGUACGACGACAGCUCGAUCGACUGUAUAUCCGAAUAUCCUGAUACGAAUGGUGCUGAACCUAGCCAUAGCCAUAGACCGCCACGGCAAAACUAUAGCAGUAGUAGUAGAAUAGAUGAUAUUAGUAUAGCCAAUAAUAAUCCUAGCAGUAGUGUCAUUGUACGUAGAGCUCCCCUUGCGUCGCUUAGUUCCUUCAAGAUGUCGUCGGCAGACUGCCAGGACAGUGAUAUACGCAGCUGUGGAUCCGAUUCCGUGUUUGAUGAAAGCUGUGCGGACACCGAUGAAGAUUUGCAACAGUUCAGCACCGAUAGCGAUGAGCUUAGUAUUCCAGACGAAGGUGAGUGUUCCGUAACACCGAUGGCCAUCACAGUGGCAGGUCCCAGCACUUCCGGGACCCUGUCGGCUGCCACUGGCCUCGGUGGGGUCAGCAGUAGCACCAGCAGCAGUAUUCACAGUCAACAGCCAAAGAUUGUGCAGCAUCAACCGUACGGUGCAGCCAGUGAUACCGUUUUUGUUGAUAUCGAAACUCCCAAUGAUAUUAGAUGUUUAAGUAGUCUUUCAAAUAGCAAUCGACGCGGUCGGCUCAAAUCGAAACCGGACCGAGCGAAUCUGGUGACGAAAAUCGAAACGAAAGCAAUCAUCGAAAGGCCGGGUCGGGAUCGAUCACCAUCCCCGAGGGCCUGUUCGUCAAUGGCGGUGUCCUCUCAUCAACCAAAGAACACCCUCCAGACGUCGACGACGGAAGUGAUGACCAGUGGCCGGAGCACCAGCAGUCUACCCAGUCGCUUACCCAGCGGUCAUGAGAUCAGCAGUACCCAUUACAGUAAGAACAACAAUAACUCUAGCUCUAGAACUUACAGUAGGAACGAUACCGACGAUAUUAGCAAUCAAGUAGAGGACGACGAGGACCGGGAGAGUAACAAUAAAUGCGUUGAAGUUAAUGUUAUUAUCAAAAACCAUAGCACUAAUAUUAAAAGUCCCUCUGUGAUUCUCGAGCUACCUAUUCUGACAAUAGACGAGGAUAGUUCCCAGGCGCCGCUGUCCCCGGUCGAUCCUUGCGUUCCGGGUCCUUCGCGGAAGUGGUCCAAGGAGACGCUGUUCUAG